CAGAAACCCCAUACAGGGUCUGGGGGCCAGUGGGUGGAGUGUCUGAUGUCCUAGAGUCUCACCCGCUUCCCCUCUCGGCGUGAAUAUCGGGGCCUGCUGUGCGCCAUAAAUGGCCAUAAGGAGAUGAAAAUCCCUGCGCGCAAGCCUGGAGGAGGAGGCAGUGAACGCCGGGGGAGGGGACACGGGACGGGAGCCACGGCAUCUUUUCCCACCGUUUGUGCCAAUGGGGAGCCAGGGCCCGGAGACGUUGGAGGGUCGGUGGAGGCCCCAGGGUGGCCCCGACCGCACGGCGGAGGGCUGGCUGGGGCGGGAGCAGAGCUGAAGGCCAGGCUGGUCCUGGCAGCAGAGACCACGUCCCAGCAGGAGCGGCUCCAGGCCAUUGCAGAGAAGCGGAGGCGGCAGGCGGAGGUGGAGAGCAGGCGUCGGCAGCUGGAGGAUGACCGCCGGCAGCUACAGCACCUGAAGUCGAAGGCGCUGCGGGAGCGCUGGCUGCUGGGGGAGGUGUCCCCGGCGUCGGACGGCGAUGAGGACCUGCGGACGCAGAUGCGGGACGACGAGCGCAAGGCGCGGCUCCUGGAGGAGUCCAUCUCCAGGCUGCAGAAGGAGAUUGAGGUGCUGGAGAACGCGGGCCCCCUCACCACCGCCACUGGGGAGGGCACUGCAGCCCCGAGCCCGGCCAAGGACCAGAAGACAGAGGUGGCGUUGGAUUCUCGGCAGGCCCCGGUGGGCACCCCCAAAGAGAAGCGGGCCUCCAACACCCCGGUCAGGACGGCCGAAGGCUCCACCAUGAUGAAAGCAGCCAUGUACUCGGUGGAGAUCACGGUGGAGAAGGACAAGGUGACGGGGGAGACCCGGGUGCUGUCCAGCACCACCUUGCUCCCUCGGGAGCCGCUCCCUCGGGGCAUCAAGGUCUACGAAGACGAGACCAAAGUGGUCCACGCCGUGGAUGGCACCGCGGAGAACGGGAUCCAGCCGCUGAGCUCCUCCGAGGUGGACGAGCUGCUCCACAAGGCCGACGAGGUCACGCUGGGCGAGGCGGGGGCCCGGGGGGCGCCCAAGGCGGCGGCGCAGACCAGCCCCCCGCGGCGGGCGAUCACGGGCGUGCGGGCGCAGCCGGGAGAGGCCACGUCGGGGCCGCCGGGCGCGCAGCCGGGCCGGGAGCCCCCGGUCACCAUGAUCUUCAUGGGCUACCAGGGCGUGGAGGACGCGGCCGCGAGCCGGAAGGUGCUGGGGCUGCAGGGCGCCGUCACGGCCGAGCUGGUGGUCAUCGAGGACGCGGCCGAGCCCAAGGGGCCGCCGCCGCCCAACGGCAGCGCGGCCGAGCCCCCCGCCGCCGCCGCCGCCGCCGCCGCCAGGGAGGAGAACCAGCUGGGCCCGGAGGCCCCCGCCAGCGACCCCCGGGACCUGGACGCAAAGAAGCAGCGCUGCAAAUGCUGCUCCGUCAUGUGAGGCGCCCGCCCCCCGCCCCCGCCCCGCCCUCCACGCCACAGCCACCCACCGGCCCGACCUCCGCCCACGGUCACGGGCCCCGGACACGCGGUUGUCACAUGGUCCUUCCGAGGGCUCUUUCAACGCGGAGAGAGGGACGGGGGUCCCGCAGCCCGUCACCACCCCCGACGCCCCUGAGCCACCGAGCCGAGCGCCUACGCCUGGUAGGAGAGAGACACGGACAGACCCACGUUUCCCGGAGCGAAGGGCACCCCACGACACCCCACGACACGGCAGCUCCACCCACAGCGGUCCUGGCUGGGAUGACCCGGGGCCUCGGGGCGGCCCCCCGGCCAGCCAGCCGCCCUCUGGGCCUCCUGCCUGUGCCUUCCUGCCACCUCCAGUGAGGUCCCCCAGGGGACGUCCUGCCGGAGAGGGUUCCUGGGGGGGCCGCUCUGUCCCGGCUUAACCCCUGGAAGGGGGUUUCCCGGCCGAAGCUCUGGCGUCCGAAUCCAGGCCAGCUGGGGUGAGGCGGUGCCUCUUUGAGGAGGCUUGGUCGGAGGUCAGGUCCAAGGUCCUGGAGAGAAGCAAGGCCCUUCCGGAUACCCGCCCCCGCCCCCCGCCCCCCACCUGGUGUGCCCCUCGCCCCAUGCUCUCUUUGGGCGUGGACGCUGGAUGCGGGAGCCGGAAGGGCGAGCCCCAGGGACACGCCCCCGUGGGGGAGGGGUCUGCGACCCCCGGGCAGUCUCCUGCAGGCCCGGCUCUCCCAGCCUCCCCUUGCACAAGGCAGGGCCACACGAGCAGCUUCUUGUCCUGAGCUCCCACUCCCACUGGGCCCUUCUUCCUCCUGGUGCUAAUUUGGGGACCCUGGGGGGCUGCCCAGGACCUGCUUGGACCAGGGUGCUGGGCCCCUCCAACCAUACCCGAGAGAUCAGGCCACUGCCACUCCCCUGGGCUCGGCACAUUUCCGGCAGUGGCGGGGAGCACGCAGCCUGGGGGGGGGGGCAGGGGCUUCCUCAGUAGGAGACCCCCAUUUGCUGCCCCGCCCGCUGCGAGCCUGUCCCCUCCCCGCUGGGAGGGGCGAGGGGUGAGGGGUUCCCCUCCUGGGGGCAGCCGACACCUGGAUGUGCACACACAUCUCCCCGGUUGCAGCCACGCUCGCCCCCAGAGGCACAUUCGUGCACAUGCUCACAGACCCUCACGUGCGGGCUGUGGUCGGUGAGGCCCCAUCUCGGCCCCUCCCCCAGGGGCCUCCCACCCGGCGCCCAGGGGGGUGCAGGGGCCGCCUCUGACCGCAGCCUGGGCCCCGACUCAGCUCGGCCCCUUGGUGGCAGGGGAGAGGCCCCCCUGAGGUGACCCUGGGCAGUGGCCGUGGGACCCCCUCUUCCUCCUUGAGUCCUCGAGCUGUGAGCCUCCGCUGAAGUGCCCCUCUGCUUUUGAUGUGUGACCAGGCCCUGAUGUUCUUGACUUUCCCAGAGAAGCAAAUAAACAGUGUGAACAGCC